CUUCAUAUUUCAACCGUAAAAAAAAAUCUGAAAACUGCAGUAAGAAACAAUUUAUCUCUUGCUGACGUUUACGAAAACAAAACAUGUCUGCUGAUUGGGAUGAAGUUAAGCGAUUAGCAGCUGAUUUUCAGCGUGCACAGCUAAGUUCUACUAUUCAAAAACUCUCAGAACGAAACUGUAUUGAAAUUGUGAAAAAGUUAAUUGAACUGAAGUUGAUAGAAGUUAUAUUUACAACCGAUGGUAAAGAAUAUUUGACUCCUUCUCGAUUGCUAAAAGAAAUCAAAGAUGAACUCAUUGUUCAUGGAGGACGUAUCAACUUGGUUGACCUUGCUCAGAUCAUUGGUGUUGAUUACAGCCAUGUGGAAACAAAAGCAAACGAGUUCCUCAACAGUGAAUCUAAUACAUGGAUGGUGUUGGGACAACUCAUCACGAGUGAUUAUCUGGAUCACUUAGCAGAAGAAGUAAAUGAGAAGCUACAUCAAGUGGGGGAGAUCACAAUAGCUGAAAUUACUAAAUUGUACGAUUUGCCUGGAGACUUCUUGACAGAGGUCAUUCAUAAUAGACUUGGUACCAUAGUCCAUGGUCAGGCUGACACCAAUGAUUCAAGAACAUUUUUCACAGAUUCGUAUGUUUCUCAGCAUACAGCCAGGAUAAGAGGUGCUUUAUCAGCCAUCACCAGGCCGAUGCCUUUGUCUAGUAUAAUCAAUCACUUCAAGUUCCCCGAGAAGUUAUUCUAUUGUGUUGUUGAAGAUUUGAUUAACGAGGGAAGGUUAGCUGGCAGCAUAUCUGGCGGAAGAUCAGAAAGGGCUAUUUAUGUGCCAGACAUCUAUGCUAAGUCCCAAAACGAGUAUAUUGAUUCUUUUUUCAAGCAGAAUGGUUAUUUGGAGUAUGAUGCUGUUGCCAGGCUUGGAAUUUUGGAUCCUAAAACCUAUCUUAAAAAGAAGUUUAAAGAGUUGACAUAUUUUAAUUCUUGUUGUGUUGGCCAGAAUAUUCUGUCUCAAAUUGAAGCUGCAAUAGAUGAAGCCCUCAACACAAAAACAUGGGUGGAUAUACUAUCUCUGUUACCAUCAGUGUUCACUCAAGAGGAUAUCCAGGGAAUAAUUGCGACUGUGACUAAAUCCAUUGCAAAGCAGGGGAGCGUUGUUCAUGUCUACUGUGAUACAAUCGUCGUGAGUGAUGAGUUCAUCAAGUCUUGUCAACAGUCAUUUGAACCACUCAUGACAAAUAAAGCAAAAGAUGACAUUGCAAAUAAACCACAUCUUUUUACUACUCCUCAAAAUGUCCAAAGUGCUCAAGCAAAAAAAGGAACACCUCCUUCAAAAGGAAGGCAAGAAUUCAAAGAAGAUAAGAAAAAGAAAGGAUCCUCUGGUGGUAAAUCAGGUAGUGGAACUGGAAGUCAAGGAAGGGAGACGAAAACUAAGAACGUGAAGCGUAAAUACUUCACUGAGAAAAAAACUGAUGAUUAUGGAAGCGAUGAAGAAACUGAGUCACAAUCUAAACCUCAGAAGUUGGACUUGGAAUUUUUAUCUGCGAGUGAAGUAGAGAAACACGUGAAGAGUUUGGAACAAUUUCGUGACUGCCCGGAUGAGUUAAUCACGGAUAUAGCAGUUGAAAUACAUAGACCUCUUAAAAAGAAGUACCAAGAGGUUGCAAAAGCUUUAUUUGAAUCUACAUCUGCAGGAUCCAGCCGUCGUAAGCAACAUGCUGACUAUCAAAACAAUUUUACAACUCUCUUAAGCCACAUUUUAAUGUUUGAAAAAGCAACAGAGCUAUUUUCAGAAGAUGUUUGUGCACAACUUCUAAAACAUCUUUUGAAAACUCUGUGCUCUGACCUGGUGAACAUGAUUGUCAAUUACCUUGCCCAGGAACAUGGUGUGGCAGCUGUUCAAUCGGAAACAUCUUUCACUAUUGAGCAACGUCUAAAGAUUAUAAAUAAAUUUUCUGAAGACAUACGACAGCCACUAAUAAAGCUUCACAACUCUUUAAAUGCAAAGAAUUUGGAGGACUUUCAUCCUGCAGUAGAAACUGUUUUAGGUGCUGGAAUUUGUGAUAUGAUUGUCAGAAAACCAGACAAAAAGAAGGAAAGAUUAGUGUUGGCCAAUCACAGGCAGUCUCUCCUCACCCAAUUGUCAGAAGCAAGUGAACCGGCCCUGUGCCUGCACGUGGCCGUCCUUCUCAUCUUCCAGACCCACACGCACAACAUGCUGCACGCAUCUGGGAAGUUUGUCCCACACAUCAUUGUCUACCUACAGAGGCAAGUGCCUUUCGAAGUCUACGAGCUCCUGGCUACCUAUCAAGAACUCGUCAUAAAGAAACUGACACCCAGUGACGAUGAAGAAGAGAAGAAAACGAUCGAAACUACUUUAGUUGAGAAAAUGUCGAAAAUCAAAGAGGUAGCCGUUACGUAUAAAAAGUCUUCCAUAUCUGAGACUGACCCUUCUGUACAUUGAAUGAUAUAAAAUAAAUAAAUUUUUUAUAGCCAGGCGUUUUCAUUUGAUAGAGCUAUUUAUUUUAUUGUUUAAUAAAGCUAUCUAUUUAUAUUCAA